ACUCACAAGUUGCCCCCAAUGCAAUCACCAUACCAUACCCAUGUGCAUCCCUCUUUCUUCAUUUUCUUAUCCUCUAUAAAAUCCCAAUCCUCAAACCUCUCCCCUCAACACACAACCUCAACUAUAACUUUAUAUCCACUUCUCUCUAAAAAUAGUAACAUAUCUCAAACUCAAACACCCCUUUUCUCUCUUUCAAUCAAGUUUCAAUCUUUCACCUAAAAAUCUUCUCUUUUCUCAAUAAAAAAUCGUGGGUCUUUGUUAAUUCAUCUUUUCAUCUUCGUUUUCACUCUCUAAUUUCAAGUUUUUUUUUUGUAUUAUGGAGCUUAUUUCGGGUCUACCCGAAGAUGUAGCCCGAGACUGUCUAAUUCGGGUUUCAUACCAACAGUUUCCGGCGGUGGCGGCGGUUUGUAAAGGGUGGAAGACGGAGAUACAUGCACCGGAGUAUCACCGGGAACGGCGGAGAACAGGACAUGCUCAGAAGGUUUUAGUUAUGGUUCAAGCACGCGUUGAACCGGAGAUAACUAAAACCGGUUCGGGUAAAAGACUUACGAACCCGGUUUACCGGUUGAGUGUAUUUGAACCGGAAAGUUGUAGUUGGAGUGAGUUACCGGCACCACCCGGUUAUAGUUCAGGGUUACCGGUGAUGUGUCAGUUAGCAUGUGUUGGUUAUGAUCUUGUCGUGUUGGGUGGGUUAGAUCCGGAAACAUGGAAAGCAUCGAAUGAUGUUUUUGUUUAUAAUUUCCUGUCGGCGAAGUGGCGUUGUGGGACCCACAUGCCAGGUGGAGCUAGAACGUUUUUCGGUUGUUCGUCGGAUGGUCGCCGGAAUGUUUUUGUCGCCGGUGGUCAUGAUGAUGAGAAGAACGCGCUGAGGUCGGCGUUGGUUUAUGAUGUUGUGGAGGAUGAGUGGGUUGAGCUGCCGGAGAUGUCGUCGGAGCGUGAUGAGUGUAAGGCGGUGUUCCGGCGAGGGAGGUUUGUUGUCGUCGGUGGUUACAAAACGGAGAAUCAAGGGAGAUUUGAAAGAAGCGCGGAGGCGUUUGAUUUUGUGACGUGGAAGUGGGGUCAGGUUGAGGAGGAGUUCUUGGAUUGUGCCACGUGUCCUAUGACUUUGGUGGACGGUGGAGAUGGUGGUGAGAGUGUUUAUAUGUGUUGCGGAGGGGAAUUGGUUGCGAUGAGGAAUCACACGUGGCAGAAGAUGGGGAGGGUUCCGGAUGAGAUUCGCAACGUGGCGUAUGUUGGAGCGUUCGAUGGGGUUGUGGUUGUGAUUGGAUCAAGUGGAUAUGGGGAGGUGCAUAUGGGGUAUGUUUUUGAUGUGAGGAGGUGUAAUUGGAGAAAAUUGGAUUGUCCAGAUGGGUUUAAGGGUCAUGUCCAAACCGGUUGUGUUUUAGAAAUUUAGGGUUUUGGUUUUUGAAUUUUGAAUUCUACACUAUCAAAUAUGAUAUUUUGGAUUAGUGAAAAUCGAAUUGGGUUUUUUCCAACUCGACCAAAUCCUAUGUUUGAUGAUCGAUAUCAAAACGUGAGCAGAGGCUGAUGAUCGGAGUAGCCAAAUAUCAAGAUAAGCAGUUAGAUAUCAAAACCUGAGCAGAGGCUGUGAUCGGAGUAGCCAAGUAUAAUAUCAAAACCUGAGCAGAGGCUGAUAAUCGGAGUAGCCAAGUAUCAAGAUCUUUCUUAAGUAAUAUUUUAAAAAUUGAAUCUGAGUCAAAUGGCAUUUUAGUUUGGACAAUUUCAAAUAGUUAAAUCGGUUUGACAUCAGAUCUAGUUUUAAAAUGUUGCUUUCAAGUUCUUGCUUGAACUCCUUCCCUUUCACUUUUUGUUUUGUUAAAGUGUUAUGGUAACUCCUUCCUUUUCACUUUUUUUGUUAAAGUGUUAUGGUAACGGUUUUUAGUUAUUAGGUUUGGGUUUUGACCUAUUACUUUAUAUGGAAAAGAAAAUGGGAGAGUUGAACUUGCUAUGUAAAUAAACAUAAUAUUUUUAUGGAAGUUUUGUUUUUGUUUUUAUGGGAUGUCAUUGUAAACCUUAAUACGGUUGUUAUUUGAAAUGACAACUAGUAGUAUUAUUGUUGUCGUAAA